GGAAUAUCAAGAAUGCCAUUGAAUAGAAAUUAUAAACCCCUUCUUUUAUCUAUCCUCGUCCGCCAUGGACGGGCGCAGAGCCCUCGUUUCGAUUCCAAUGGGAGACAAUUUCGAAGAGAUAUUGAACACCUACUUCACGAACGGAGCGGAAGUAGAGAUUAGCAGCAACGACGAUGGCUUCCGCGGCGCAUGGUACGAAGGGAAGGUGAUCCGCGCCGUGUCAAAAAAAGUCAGAAAGACUCAAAGCAAGAAGGAGAAGCGGGUGGAGGUCGUGGUGGAGUAUGAGACGCUAAUGGCUGACGAGGCCGGGAAAGUGCCUCUGCAGGAGACAGUCGACAUCGUUCAAGUCCGGCCGCGGCAGCCCCGAGAGGGCCUUCGCAGAUUCAAGUCCAGCGAGGAGGUGGACGCCUUCUACAACGAUGGAUGGUGGGAAGGCAUCGUAAUCGCUGCGCUGGAAGGCGGCAAGUACUCGGUGUUCUUCAGGGCAACCAGGGAGCAGCUGGAUUUCGCUGGAUCGGACCUCCGUCUCCACCGCGAGUGGGCCAACGGAGAAUGGAUCCCGCGUUUGGGGGAUGGAGAUGCUGAGGAAAAUAAAAUAUCAAAAGAGGAGAAACCUGACAAUGAUAUUAGUCAACAAACUUUCCAUCAAGGAAUGAUGGUCGAAGUAAGCAGUGAUGAAGAGGGUUACGAUGGUGCUUGGUUUGUUGCUACUGUCGUAAAACAACUAGACAGUGGUAAUUACAUGGUAGAGUAUCAGAGCUUAAGGAAUGAUGACGACACAGCGUUUGUGCAAGAAGAGGUUGAUCAUAUGCAUAUACGGCCAUGUCCUCCUGAUACUGGCAGAGUUAAGAGCUUCAAAGUUUUUGAUAGAGUAGAUGCUCUGUAUAAUGACGGAUGGUGGGUAGGGACGAUCUAUAAAGUUCUUAGAGGUAACAAUAAAUACAUUGUCUACUUCAGCAACACUAAAGAGGAAUUGACGUUUAAGCAAGCUGAUUUGCGGCAGCACCAGGAUUGGGUUAACAGGAAAUGGAAGAAAGCUCCCAAGGUAAGAUGACAAUUGGUUCUUUCUAUUUUGAAGUACUCCGUAAUUAGUAUUGUCUUAGCAAUCUCUUUUUUCAAUGUGUUGUAAAUUGUGUUUUCUGGUGGUUUUAUCUAGGGAGAAGGAAAAAAUAAAUCUUGGGUUUUUUAUAAGAAUAUUACUAAAAUAAAACUCAUUUACAUAAAUAUGACUGUUCAUUACUACAAUGUAGUGCUGUGGUAAUUAAAGUUCAAAACUUGAACAUGAAUUACUAUGAUUUCAUUACUACUCUAGUAAUGAAUCAUAUUUUUGUAAACCAUCUUUAUUUUGGUCAUAUUUAUGUAAUUAUUUCUAAUUGGAAUAAAUAUGCCCUUGAACUCUACAUUAGAAAACAUAUAUGUACCCCUAAAUUGUUUGGACCAAGGGCAUUGUGUUCAUUUGUUCCGAAACUCUUUUGAGGCCUUCUCUGUUAUAUGCGUGUUUGUGCACAUCUCUUUGAAUAUGGGCAUGCAUGGAUUGAAUAUAAUCUGAUUUAAGCUUGUCUUUCAGUACUUCAUAAUGAUGUUGAAAUUUGGACUGAGCUCCUUUGAUCUUCACAGGAUAAAAAAUUACCAUCUUCAAGCUCCAACAAAUCCAAGGGCUAAUGUAUGAUUACGCCUGAUCGACCUCAGCAUAUAUUCAUUUUCAGUUCGGGAAGGCCUUUAGAAUUUGGUGAAGAUUUUCAUAAUAUAGUAGUAAUAGACCUGCCGGCCUUAGUUUCCCCAAAUGUAAAACAAAGCAUAGGUUAUAUGGAAAGGCUGGAACAAGAUUAACUUCACAGUUAUUUCCAGUUCCAUAUUCUGCUCCUCUCAUUCCAAAAUGUCUGGUUAUUAGUACUCAAUUAAAUGAAUAAGUAAAAAACACCAUUUUCACUCCAA